AUAAUCUAGGCCACCGUCACUUCUGAGUCAACUUGUCAGUAGGUCCCACGACUUUCCCCCCAAGUCUUUAGAAAGUUCACGUAGCUAGAUUUAACCUGGUCGGUCGCGCCUUUCCAUUCGGGAAGCGGCGUCCGCUCACAAUAGAACAGUGCCGUCGAGUUCAAAUUGAAGGUCGUCGGACUCGCUACAGUAGUGUUAGCCAGCGUCGUAACGUAUCGACAGCCCUUUUCUUUACCCAUAUAGCCCUUCUCGAAGCAAUCAUAGAGUUUUUAAAAGCGGUGGUGGGCACGCUGGUGUCCCAGAUGCACGUCAGUGUGGUGUUCCCGAUCAUACCGGCCAGCGACGUCGCGGAGGUGCUCGGGGAGGCCGAGAGCUCGAGCAGCUCCAGCGGACACGGCACGGACGACGACCGCUCCGACACAGACGACAUGUCCGAGGACUCCGGUCGGGAAACUCCAGAAAGUCUGCAAGUUCCAGAGGAAAUGGCCGUUGCUGCCGUCAACUUGCCGAUGUCCUCAACGGACGAUUCGGUCUUCUCUGCGGACAACAUGUUCGGCGGUGGCGGGCAGGGGAGCGCAGGGGGCGCGCCGACCGCACCGGCCCGCGAUCGCACCUUCUUGCGGCCGCUCCUGCACUCCGAGGGGGAGGACUGGGGAGAGACCUUCAAAGAGAUGGACAAAUACCUUCAGCUGCCCGACCACGCGCUUCCACCGCCCGAGAAGAAGUCUCGGAGAGAGAGCGCCUCAGUCGUCGACGACUUUUUCAAGGAGGAACCCAAAAACGGCAGCAACAACAACAAAGACGGUCCGCUGAACAUCAACUUCAAUGUCAUCAUCCCAAACCAGACCAGAGACUAUAACAACCUCAGAACAGGGCUGGUCAGGCCUCGGACUCUAAAUGUGAAGACAGAGCCCCUGCCAGUCUCCUGCGACUUCCAUUCGGACAGUUCCACUCCCAUCCACUCCUCCCCAGUGGGGACCCCCAUCACAAGCUUCGCCUCCCCCAGCACACCCAGCACAUCCACGUUUGUGACACCCAGUCAACCCGACAACCCCGUCACUUCCCAGAGCGCGGUCCACGUGGGCCACGCGGGAAUGAGCAUGAACUUAGCAGCGCUGAACGUCCGCAUUAAGGAGGAGGAAGAACCAAAGUCGUGCAGCUUUCACAAGUCCUUGCCUGUGUCCAUGUACCACACGGCCCCCAUGGCCGGCGGCAGCGUCCAGUUCGCCUCCGUGCAGUAUCCGUUCGUAUCGCAACAGUCCGGCUUCCCCACACCUCCAAACUCCCACCCCGGAAGUCCGUCAGAGGAGCCCAACGCGCUGACGCCGCCCCCUCCAUAUUCCAUAGCAGUAGCGCAGCUCCACACCAACCCCUACGGCAACCUGGUCAUCCAGUCCCACGGACCUCCCAGCAAGCCCGCCCAAGGACACCAGGCCAUCUACAACAGGAAAAACAACCCCGAGCUCGAGAAGAGGAGAAUUCACCACUGCAACUACCCAGGCUGCACCAAGGUGUACACAAAGAGCUCCCACCUCAAAGCACACCAAAGGACACACACAGGUGAGAAACCAUACAAGUGCACAUGGGAGGGGUGCCAGUGGCGGUUUGCCCGCUCGGACGAACUCACGCGCCACUACAGGAAACACACGGGGGCUAAGCCAUUCAAGUGUCAGGUGUGCGAGCGCUGUUUCUCCCGCUCCGACCAUCUCGCCCUGCACAUGAAGAGGCAUCAGAACUUCCACUGCUGAGACCGUCUCCAACAUCCACCUCUUCAUGACUGGGUCACAAACACAGCAGCGCCUUCUGUUUUUAAUGUAUUUUCUAAAUUUGAUACUGAUCUGUAAAGUUAUGAAAUGGUAAAUGCUGUGCUGUGCUACCUGUGACCAGCGGCAGAGGUGGAUUUGGUAGGUAACAAUAACAAAUAAGGUGCCUUAGCAACAAACCCCUGCUUGUACACUGCAUCAAUCUAUGGUGACAGGCUAAAAGCCUGGUCCAAUAUGUCACUUGAAGGGUGCUGGAUUCAGUUGAUAGCCACAUCAGUUACACGUUUUGUACAUUUGCUUACCACUUUGAAGAGGGUCUCAAAUGUUUGUCCUGGUAUUACAUGGAUACACAAUAAGCCGUAGCGAAAGGCAACAGCAGUUUUGUUGGGACCCGAGGAGCAGUUAGUUAAUAUUUCUCCAGCAUGCCAACAGUGAAAUGUGGGGAUCUGUUUUGCCAUAUUUGUCUGGGCAAUUUGUGUUAGAAAGCAAAGAAAACAUCGACAUAUUUGAUGAUUGUGCGUGGGCGAGUGGGCAUGCAUGGCCUCCAGCCAUUUGUAACAGCACUACCCCAGUUUGGUACAACACUAUGCAAACACCACUGUUCAACUAGGGUGUCAAGAUGGUACAACUCACAACAUAAUAUUUGUUGCAAAGAGAGAAACCAGGAGAAACUUUUGACUACAUCUGUGUCUACCUCUAUGAGGUUUUAAAACAUGGACUUACAACGCUGAUAGAAAAUAUGAGAUAUCGUAUUGAGAAGAAAUAUUAUUUCUGUUACAGUUGCAUUUCCAGCAUAUUUUUGUGGGAGCCUAUGCUUGUAAUGAAAGCUCAGGAUAUACCGUGACAAUCAGUUGUUAAAAAUAUGGUGGUACGAAGGUAGCUAUGUAUCAAGCUCUAUGCAAUGAGUUGAUAGAUUUUUUAUAUAGGAAAAAAAGCUGUAGUGUAUAGAGAAUAUUGAAAUUCGCUAUCUGUACAUUUUGGAUGAUUUGUUUUCCAUCAAAGUUUUGGGUGAAGAAGAUAUAGAAUAGUUAUGUCUUAAAAUAGUACUGAAAAGCAGUAGCAUAUUUUAUAUAAAGCAAAGGUAAGGAGUAUUGUAUGAUAUGACGAUAUCGCAACAAUAAUUGUUGUAUAGAAAAAAACAAUCCUUCUGUACAAUCACUCGACAUGAGUGCAUAAUGGAGACUAUUUAUUAAGGAGCAAAUUUCAAUGGUUGCAGAUGUAUCAUAUUGUUUGCAGAGAUAUGUUCAGGUCUCUUUAAGGUUAUGUCUCACCUCCAUAAAAAAACACAACAAAAAAAGGAUUCCAUGGUUCUCUAUGAAGUAUCACUUUGUGCUUUCUACUAAGAUAUGUUGCAAUAAAAACUCUCCAAGCUCAAGGAAA